AUGUCCAGCAACUACAACCUCCAUCCGGUGACAUACCUCAAUGCCACUGCCGAAAAGGUGAUGGACUCUGAAGUCGACUUUGACCUUGACGCUGUUAGCGACGCUGUUUCGACCAACUCCCCCACAACCCAACUGCUGAACGGUUCGCCUCAAACAUCGUUCACAUCGCAAUCAUCUGCUAAUUCUCCCGUGCUGCAAACCGCCAACUUCGGCAAAGAUUUCACUAACGCCCAUUUUGGUGCCCGUGCUACUGGGUUCGCCGGCACAGCUUUCGACAUGAAGCAAGAAAACCAACAACAUGAUAAGCUGCAAACCGCUCCGCACAAUUACCAGGAUGACAACCACUCGUGUGGAGCGAGCGCGGGGGAAAAGAAGAAGCCUAAGAAAACUUACAGAAAAGUUCGCGAUGUCGACAUGAAGGGUCCCUUCAACUGCCAGUGGAGUGGGUGCCUGUUGAUCUUUGACACUCCAGAGGAGUUAUACGAUCACUUGUGCAACGAGCACGUUGGGCGCAAGCUGUCGAACAACUUGUCUUUGACAUGCGAUUGGGAUAACUGCGGUGUUACCACCGUAAAGAGAGACCACAUCACCUCGCACUUGCGUGUACAUGUUCCUUUGAAGACAUACCGCUGCAACUUGUGCACAAAGAGCUUCAAGAGGCCUCAGGAUUUAAAGAAGCACUCGAGAACGCACGAGGAUGAACACCAGCGCAAGUUGAAGAAGUCUCAGAAGAUGAACGAUAGGGACGAGAGUGGGUUGAACAAAGCGGUCUACCCAAUGCCCAUGUUGCCUGCUCACCAUGGUACCUACGACAUCGGUAGCGCUUACUACCCUACGUUGGGCAAUGAAAUGACCCAACGCCAGGAGGUCUUUGACCUCAAUUCCAGUCUCCAAGCUCCUCAUGGUACGGCUGGUGCCUCAGACACCAAGAAGAGAACUUUGGACCACAACAUGCACAUGAUGAACGGUAUACUUUCCGACUUCAACUUCUAUGGCCAGCAAGACCAGAACAAGAGACUGAAGUUGGAACCCUCGUACAACAUGGAGGUGUACAACCGCUUGAACCACUUGGACUCCUUUAUGUCCUCCCAGCAGGCCAACCCUGCUCACGUUUCGUCCACCUCCAGUCAAGGCUCUGCGCUCCACUCCCAAAGCAUGAUUCCAAAUCCAAACUCACACUACUCUUACGGUGCUAAUCCUCAAGCCAACUUGUACGAGGCUGAGAAGUUCUUUAACAACUUGUCCUCGUCCAUCGAGUUGCAAUACCAGAACAUGGUUUCAUCUGUUCCCAACCAGCAAUUCCCUGUCCAACAAUCUCACCAGCAGCUGUUAUAUCCAAUGUUACCUCAAUACCAAGGUAAACCUUAUGACAGUCAUAGCAACCACUUUGUCAACAACCACAACUCCGGCUUUACUCCUAAGUUCCCUCAGGUCAACAGACAACUCAAUGGUCAAGUUGGUGCCAACCCAUUCGGCUCCGUUGAAUUUGACUCGAUCAGCAACAACCAGAAGUCUGCUAAGAAGCUCAAUGAGGAGCCUACCAAGGAAACUGGUAAGGAGGAGGAAGACGUCUUGGCGAACUUUAACCAAUUGUCUAUUAAGGAUGGUAAGAAUGAUGUCAACUUUGACAUUAAGACCGUUCAGAAGCACCGCGAGUUAAUCAAGUUCGUUUGCGAACAAUUGGCAAUCAUGAAAAAGUCCAUGAAGGAGCAGGAACAAGGGCAGGAGCAACAGAAGAACACCACAGAGGCAGCUUCUAAGACAAAUGAGACCAAGCAAAGCUUGUACCCAACGAUUACGGCAUUCUAA